AUGGGAUUCAUCCAGCGUGUCGAGGAGAAACUGUUCAGGUUGUGGAAAGCAAUUGAUAAAACCCGUCCUGGCUCUCUCCAAGAUGUCCAUCUAAUUAGAACCGCAUCGCAGGCAUCGAUUACGCUUUCGGUUUGCAAAGAACGCCUACGAUUGGCGAAGGAGGCUGAGAAGCAGGAGCAACGGGAGAAGAAGACUCGCUUCAAGGAGACUUGCAAAUUGGUUGAGGAUAUCUUUGAGUGGUCGAUUGGUUUGAACGAAUGUCAAGGGAUUGCUAAAGAGGCAAGGGAGGGGAACGAUCUUACGGGUGUCAAAUCUUCGCAUCGUGAGAUCGAAGGUGGAUGUUUGAACGCGGAUGAUUGGGGCUGGGAUAAGGUGGAAUGGGAUGGGGAGGAAUGGGAUGGGGAGAAACAGAGCGAGGAAAAAUAA